UGAAUUCUGCUCAGUUAAGCAGAUCUUUUAAUAUUUUUAUUUUUUUUUUAAAUGAGAAAUACUUCAGUAUGAUGUUGCAACACAGAAAAACAAUAAAUAAAAAUUAGAAAAUAUAUGUUUAGUUCUGAAUAACUGACUCAACAAACUCAUCAAAAUAUUCAGUGAACCCUCGAGCCCUGUAGACCACUCCAACUUGACAGUUUUUUUUUUAAUUAGGUAUAAACAAAUUAGGCAUUUGAGAAUUAAAGAACAUCGUUAUCUCCUCCCAGAAAAUAUAGUAUAAAUAAUCUUGUACAGCCCUUCAGAAACAAGAGCAACAUUUUUGUGAUUUUCAAGUAAACAGAGGUCUGAUACUACAUUGGAAACAUGGACGCCUUCUUUGGAACAUGGAAACUCGUCAAAAAAGUGAACUUUGAUGAAUUCUUGAAAGCAAUAGGUGUACAUGAAACGAAUGAUGUUCCAGUAACUGAGACUGUUUCCAAAGAGGGGGACCAUUUGGUGUGGACAAUAAAGAAAGGACAACAUGCUGCUCAUAUGAAGUUCACACUGGAUAAAAUGUUCCAUGACAGUACCAUAGAGGGGAAACAAUGUUUUAGUACCAUAAGCCUUAAGGGAAAGCAACUGGUACAGGUGAAGAAGUGGGAUAAAAAAGAAGUCACGAUUAUCCGUGAGGUUAACGGGAAAAACAUGACAACGACGCUGAAAUUUGGUGGUGUUCAAGGACAACGCAUUUAUGAGAAAGUUUAAUCAUUAAUCAGUGAUGAUAGCUGUGAAGCUUUUUUGUCAUUAAGUUAUAUGAAUAAAUAAUCAUUAGUAAGAUAUCAAUGUGCACACAAUUACACUGAAAUAUUGCAAUUAAAGCUAUUUCAGUCAGGACCACUUGGGUCAAAAUAAAG